GCCACCUGUCUGAAUGCCACCUGGUGAAUGGAGCCUACAAUCAGUACUGAGUCCCCGCCCACCACGGAGCCCCUCCCCUAAUCUGUAUGUGACCACGCCCACACCCCCUACCUCUGCCUCCUCCUCACUGAUGGUCAGUGUCACCCUGAGGAGCAGUUAACAUUGUGGAGAUACAGAGGCGGCUGCUCCGGAGGACACUUCUGCUUAAUUCUGCCGGACAUUGGGCUGAGAGCUGCAGAGAUGCCCAGGUCCUUCUUGGUCAAGAGCAAAAAGGCGCACAGCUACCACCAACCCCGGGCCACGGAUGGGGAGGACUACAGCCUGCAGCCGGGGGCUAUGCUGGCUCAUCUCUGUGCAGAGACUCCAGCUGUCCCCCCGGCUGAGGGCAGUGUGUCCCCCGUGUCCUGUCACCUGGGGGAGGCCGGGGAUGUGUCCUCCUCUCCCCCCAGCAGCCUCUGCGACCCCUCAGCCUCCGAGAGUGAGGACAACUGGAGACCCCCAUCCCCAUCCGCAUCUCCAGCCUCGGAGAGGUCGGCCUGCCCAUCCUUGGAGGAUUCUCCACCAUUUUCACCCUCCUUCAAGCCGUAUAUAUGGAGCAGCCUAGCGGGAUCAGAACUGCGGCAGCUGGUGCACGACUACAGAACCUCGUCCUUGGAGAGGAGUUCCUCUUUGGGUGUCUAUGGAGACAGGGUGCCUCCGACUCUCCCGCCACCUUUGUAUAGUUCGGACAGACGUGUGCAUGGACUCUAUGGAGAUUAUACGCAGGCGGUGUCCCACUAUGGCGAUUCGCGUUCUUCCCCUCCACUGUACGGAGAGAAGACCCAAACAAUCAAGGUGGAGUCCGACCUUCUAUGCACCCGAUUGUUACUCAACACCGGCUCCUACAAAUGUCUCAAAUGCAGCAAGGUCUUUUCGACUCCUCAUGGCCUAGAAGUUCACGUACGGCGGUCUCACAGCGGCACGAGACCCUUUGCCUGUGAAAUCUGUGGGAAGACAUUCGGACACGCCGUCAGUCUGGAGCAGCACAAAGCCGUUCACUCCCAGGAAAGAAGUUUUGACUGUAAAAUCUGCGGUAAAAGCUUCAAGAGGUCCUCCACCCUGUCCACACACCUACUGAUCCACUCGGACACAAGGCCGUACCCCUGCCAGUACUGCGGCAAGAGAUUCCACCAGAAGUCAGACAUGAAGAAGCACACCUUCAUCCACACAGGAGAGAAGCCUCACAAGUGUCAGGUUUGCGGCAAAGCGUUCAGCCAGAGCUCGAAUCUCAUCACUCACAGUAGGAAACAUACCGGCUUCAAGCCGUUCGGCUGCGACAUUUGUGGCAAGGGCUUCCAGAGGAAGGUGGACCUGAGACGACAUCGCGAGACGCAGCACGGGCUGAAGUGACCGCAGGAUGAGAUCGUCUCUUUGAUCCGUGCUGGAGACCCACAUCCUCUGAGAACACUAGGCGAACGUCAGCAUUCGCAUCUGCAGUGUUGACUCGUUGACCACUAAUGGGGGUGGAA